AUGCAGCCGUCUGGCUCCGUGCAGGUGGGCUCCGUGCAGCAAUCUACUGAAACGGCGCUUUCUCGUCCUCUUGUUCUCUCCAACCCCUUUCCCCACUCCCACCCCUCUCUCUCCCACCCCUCUCUCUCCCACCCCUCUCUCUCUCACCCCUCUCUCUCCCACCGCUCUCUCUCUCACCCCUCUCUCUCCCACCCCUCUCUCUCCCACCCCUCUCUCUCUCACCCCUCUCUCUCCCACCCCUCUCUCUCUCACCCCUCUCUCUCCCACCCCUCUCUCUCUCACCCCUCUCUCUCCCACCGCUCUCUCUCUCACCCCUCUCUCUCCCACCCCUCUCUCUCCCACCCCUCUCUCUCUCACCCCUCUCUCUCCCACCCCUCUCUCUCUCACCCCUCUCUCUCCCACCCCUCUCUCUCUCACCCCUCUCUCUCCCACCCCUCUCUCUCUCACCCCUCUCUCUCCCACCCCUCUCUCUCUCACCCCUCUCUCUCCCACCCCUCUCUCUCUCACCCCUCUCUCUCCCACCCCUCUCUCUCUCACCCCUCUCUCUCCCACCCCUCUCUCUCCCACCCCUCUCUCUCUCACCCCUCUCGCUCCCACCCCUCGCCUGCCAUCCAAUCGCAUCGCAGUCAUAUGCCCCUUCCAUCACAUCACAUGCCCCUCUCAUCACAUCACAUGCCUCUCACAUGCCUCUCACCAUGGUUCGCUCGGCCCCAUCAUCUUCCAUCAUCCAUGUCAUUUCUCCUGCCCCCUCGUCCCUCCCACUUCACCCCGGCAUCUCCACUCCACCAACCCCUCUCAACCCCCCUCUCCCACUCCCCCUCCCUCUCUCCCCCUGCCACAUUCCCCCCUUCCUCCUCCCUCUCCCCUUGCAGCCCCGCCGCAGCCCCAACCACCAGCCCAUCGGCCUCAUCCACUGCAGCUCCACCCUUAGCAGCAGCCACAGCAGCAGCAGCACCAGGUGCAGCGGCGGCAUCGUCGCCGGUGCGGCUGGACUUCCUGUCGCGCGCGCGCAGCGUGUUCAUGAGCGCCGUGCUCUCCGACCCCGACGCCCAUGCCCUGCGCCAGGAAGGUGAGCACGAGGAAGGUGAGAUUGAGGAAGGUGAGACUGAGGAAGGUGAGACUGAGGAAGGUGAGAUUGAGGAAGGUGAGACUGAGGAAGCCAGCCGCGUGCUGGGGGGGGGCGACAUCAAGAUAGUGAAGCGGCGCGACCUGGCGGAGGCGGGGGGGCGGGUGGGCGAGGAGAAGCAGUUCUGCGCUCUCAAGCACAGCGAGUGGCUGCGCUGCCUCCGAGAGGAGCUCAUGCUGCUGCGGAUCGGGCGACAGAACAGCAUGCUGGACCACACGCCCUCCCACCGCCCCUCUUGCCGCAACUCCCAUAUCGAGCGACAGAACAGCAUGCUGGACUACACGGCCUCCCACCGCCCCUCCCCCGCGUCCCCCUCCCUGCGCCUCGCGGACUUCCCUUCCCCUUCCCCUCCGCCGCUCGCCUCCCACUCCUUCCCCGCGCACACCAGCAGCCCCAGCAGCAACGACGCCACUGCCUGGCUGGCAGGGGGCCGGCCGUGGGAGCAGCAGCAGCAAGGGAUGGCGGGCGAGGGGGCGAUGGGGGCGCGCAUGAGGGCAAUGGGUGCUGCUGAUGGCAUGAGGGCCAUGGGUGCUGCUGAUGGCAUGAGGGCAAUGGGUGCUGCUGAUGGCAUGAGGGCAAUGGGUGCUGCUGAUGGCAUGAGGGCAAUGGGUGCUGCUGAUGGCAUGAGGGCAAUGGGUGCUGCUGAUGGCAUGAGGGCAAUGGGUGCUGCUGAUGGCAUGAGGGCAAUGGGUGCUGCUGAUGGCAUGAGGGCAAUGGGUGCUGCUGAUGGCAUCUUCCCUGCGCUGCCUGCCUCUGCCUCCCCGUGGUCACCAGUAGCAGCAGCAGCAGGUGGAGGGGCAGGAGGGGCGGCGAGUUGCAGUCCUGUGCAGCGCAGCAUGAGCAUGGCGCCCACCAGGGCGCUGCAGCAAGGUACUCACGUGGGUGGGUGGCACACAGCAGGUGGCACACAGCAGGUGGCACACAGCAGGUGGCACACAGCAGGUGGCACACAGCAGGUGGCACACCGCAGGUGGCACACCGCAGGGUCCCUGACCGAUUUGGACCAUGAAGCGGGCGGCAGCGGGCGGCAAGCAGCGAUGGUGGCGGCAGAGGCGGCAGCAACGGGUGGGCAGCGCAUGGUGCGCAUGUGGGAGCGCUUGAAACGCAUCAUGCCGCCGCCCAGAGGUUCCGACCUUGAGCUGCCAGCGGGGAUGACGCUGGUGGAGGCGCUGCUGGCGGGCCGUGUGCCGCGCAACCAGAGGGGCGCCGCCUGGGUCGCCAUCGCCACCGCCCACCCUCAUGACGCCCUGGCGGAUGGCAGCAGCUACGCCUCUCUGCUCAUGCAGCCCUCCGCCUCCGCCAAGGAGAUAGAGCGGGACGUGAACCGCACCUUCCCCAACCACCGCCUCUUCCAGGAGGAGAGGGGCGCCGGCCAGCAGUCGCUCUUCAACGUCAUCAAGGCCUACUCCGGCAUGGGGUUCAUAGCGGCGACGCUGCUGAUGAGCAUGGGGGAGGAGCACGCUUUCACGUGCCUCGUCUUCCUCAUGUACCGCUGCGGCCUGCGAGGCGUCUUCCUGCCCGACAUGCAGCAGCUGCAAGUGCGCAUGUAUCAGCUCACGCAGCUGCUCAUCCACACGCUGCCACGCGUGCAUGCCUUCUUCGAACACCUCGACAUCAAACCCGUGAUGUAUGCGGCGGACUGGUUCCUCACUCUCUUCGCGCGCACCAUGCCUCACUACCUCGUCUUCCGCGUCUUCGACAUCAUCCUCGCGGAGCAGACCACGGCAAUUGUCUUCAAGCUCGCCAUCGUUCUCCUGCAGGUAUUUUUCCUCCCACCUCAUCCCACCUCUUCCCACCUCCUCUCACCUCCUCCCACCUCCUCCCACAUCCUCCCAUCUCUUCCCACCUGUUCCCUUGCCCCACUGCUCUACCAUCCCUCCCUCCUUUUUUCACCCACUUCCCAUUACCCACCUCUCCUCUCCUCCCACAAACCGCCUCUUCCCAUCCGUGUGCAGGCGGCAGCUACAGCAGUGCCCGGAGAUGGAGUGUGCAGGCGGCAGCUGCAGCAGUGUCCGGAGAUGGAGUACGCCAUGUGCCUGCUGCGCACCGAGCUGCCCGCGCAGCUCAAGGUGACCUCUCUCGCAAUCCUGUCCCUGCUGCCGCCCACUCCCCACAUCGUGCUGCCGCCCACUCCCCACAUUGUGCCGCCACUGAACGCGCAUCCAACCAGACGCAGUCCCUUCCUCUCCAUCUGCAUCCUUCCUCUCCACCUGCAUCCUUCCUCUCCACCUGCAUCCUUCCUCUCCACCUGCAUCCUUCCUCUCCACCUGCAUCCUUCCUCUCCACCUGCAUCCUUCCUCUCCACCUGCAUCCUUCCUCUCCACCUGCAUCCUUCCUCUCCACCUGCAUCCUUCCUCUCCACCUGCAUCCUUCCUCUCCACCUGCAUCCUUCCUCUCCACCUGCAUCCUUCCUCUCCACCUGCAUCCACCUCUCCACCUGCAUCCACCUCUCCACCUGCAUCCACCUCUCCACCUGCAUCCACCUCUCCACCUGCAUCCACCUCUCCACCUGCAUCCUUCCUCUCCAUCUGCAUCCUUCCUCUCCACCUGCAUCCUUCCUCUCCACCUGCAUCCUUCCUCUCCACCUGCAUCCUUCCUCUCCACCUGCAUCCUUCCUCUCCACCUGCAUCCUUCCUCUCCACCUGCAUCCUUCCUCUCCACCUGCAUCCUUCCUCUCCACCUGCAUCCUUCCUCUCCACCUGCAUCCUUCCUCUCCACCUGCAUCCUUCCUCUCCACCUGCAUCCUUCCUCUCCACCUGCAUCCUUCCUCUCCACCUGCAUCCUUCCUCUCCACCUGCAUCCUUCCUCUCCACCUGCAUCCACCUCUCCACCUGCAUCCACCUCUCCACCUGCAUCCUUCCUCUCCAUCUGCAUCCUUCCUCUCCACCUGCAUCCUUCCUCUCCACCUGCAUCCUUCCUCUCCACCUGCAUCCUCCUCUCCACCUGCAUCCUUCCUCUCCACCUGCAUCCUUCCUCUCCACCUGCAUCCUUCCUCUCCACCUGCAUCCUUCCUCUCCACCUGCAUCCUUCCUCUCCACCUGCAUCCUUCCUCUCCACCUGCAUCCUUCCUCUCCACCUGCAUCCUUCCUCUCCACCUGCAUCCUUCCUCUCCACCUGCAUCCUUCCUCUCCACCUGCAUCCUUCCUCUCCACCUGCAUCCUUCCUCUCCACCUGCAUCCUUCCUCUCCACCUGCAUCCACCUCUCCACCUGCAUCCACCUCUCCACCUGCAUCCACCUCUCCACCUGCAUCCACCUCUCUUGGGCACUGAAGCAGGGCGAGCGCCUGGCAGCGCACAUCACAGCCGCCCUCGCCCUCUCUGAUUCUGCCCGUCACUCUUCCUCCUACCCUUCCCCGUGCUCACCACCACCGCCUGCCGAUACGAAGCCCCACACUUGUUCAUCCACCGUAAGCAGCCACGCGUCUGCCUCUCAUGCGUCUGCCUGUGCUUUGCAUGCUGCCCUGCACAUGGGUAAUGGUGUGGGCGGACCCCCAGAGAGCAGUCAUGAGCCCCGGGUCACAAGGGACAGCAGUGGAGGGGGAAUGCGGAGUGGCCGGGCUGGAGGGGGCGGCUGUUUGCUGGUGAAUGGCAGUGGGGUGGGAGGGCUUGAAGGUUCACGACCUGAGUGCUUGAAUGGUGCUUCGUGCACCGAGGAGGGACGGCGGCCCUUGGAGGGCGGAGAGGGAGAGGAGAGGGUGUGUGAGGGGCAGGGAGUGUGUGAGGAGGAGGGAGUGUGUGAGGAGGAGGGAGCAUGUGAGGAGGGCCUACCAUUGGAGGAGAGAGUGCAGCUGUGGGAGGAGCGGGUGGCAGUGGUGGGAGGAGGGAGCAGCACGGUGGAGGUGCUGAGAGCAGUGAGAGCGGCGCACCACCAGUGGGUGCAGCUGGGGCUGGCGCUGGCACUGGCAGAGCGUGAGGUGGCGUGCCGCCUCGACAUGGGCGCGCCGCCGCCGCCCACUGACUCUUCUUUUGAGUGGAGUCAAAAGCGCCUCCUGGACAUGGGCGUGCCAGUCAGUGACUCUUCAGCCGCGCUGGGGGCUCUCAUGGGAGGAGGGGUGCAUGAGCUGGUGGUUGUGGGGGAGGCGGGGGGCUGUGUGGGGGAGAAUGGAGCACAUGGGCGUGGCAGCAUGCGACAGUACAGUACGAUGCAGUGA